AUGGUAAGAGGACGAGAUGUAAGCAGUUAUCGUGAUCGUCAUGGAAAUAUAUCACAAAAUGUAUUAGCUGCAUGCAACUUUGAUUUGGAAUUCAUGUACGUUCUUAGCGGAUGGGAGGGUUCAGCACAUGAUUCCAAGCUAUUAAAUGAUACUUUGACAAGGAGGAAUGGACUUAAAGUACCCCAAGGUAAGUAUUUUUUGGUGGAUUGUGGAUUUCCAAAUCGACGCAAAUUUUUAGCCCCAUAUCGAGGUGUACGAUAUCAUCUACAAGAUUUUGCAGGUCAUGGUAAUGACCCUGAAAAUGAAAAGGAAUUAUUCAAUCUUCGACAUGCGUCCUUAAGGAAUGUGAUUGAGAGAAUAUUUGGUGUUUUUAAAUCGCGGUUCACAAUUUUUAAGUCCGCGCCUCCAUUUCCAUUUAAGGCACAAGCGGAGCUUGUGUUGGCAUGCGCAGCACUUCAUAAUUUUCUUCGUAAAGAAUGUCGUUCAGAUGAAUUUCCAGUCGAACCUACGGAUGAGUCUUCAUCCUCAUCUUCAGUGUUACCAAAUCAUGAAGACAAUAAUUAUGAACUCAUUGUUCAAACACAAGAGCAGGAACGAGAAGAUGCAAAUUUAUGGAGGACUAGUAUAGGUUCAGAUAUGUGGAGAAAUGCUACUUAGAAAAUCAUGGAUUUAUAAUCACUUUGUUACUAUUUUUUUAGGCAAUAAUGAAUAUUGCUAUAAAAAAUUUCGUUUUUAUUUGCUUUAUUCAAACUUUAGAAUUUAUUUAUGUAAUAAAUAAAAAGUUA